AUGUUCCCCCAAACUAUCACCUACUUACUCAUUCCCCUCGUCCUCCUCAUGGUCUUCCCAAUAAUAUCCUUCCUCUAUCUGACAUUGAUCCCACCUCUUCUCGUCAUACUUGCAUUCCUCCUAGUCUCAUACGCUAUCUUUUAUCCUGUAUAUUACCUCUACACCCAUCCUCGUCUCAUCCCAGAUAUGCUCUUCAACAUCAAACGAUAUAUCAUCAACAGACCUCGAUUGAUACUUUCCAAAAUAGAAUUCAGUCUUCAUCUACGUACGAGAGAUGUUUAUCCGGGGAUGUACGAUCCCGGUCCGCCCUUUCCCUCACUUUGGCCUGAGGAGGAUACCGACCGAUAUAGUCGAUUAAAGAGGAUUGUAAGAUUAGUGGGAGUGGCGAUCAAGCAGUGGAUUUGCGAUCGGCUGGAUAUUCCUUAUGGGUAUUAUAAAGAGGAGAUCAUCGAGAGGAGAAAGAAGGAGAAGGAGGAGAGGGGAAGUAGAGGAUGGUUUAGUUGGAAGAAGGAUGAGUGUGGGUUGGUCGAUUGGGAUAAUAAGGGUUUGUAUGGGUAUGGACAUAUCUACAAAUCACUGAUGAACGACCCUCAAGCAAAUUAUGUUUAUUCACCCAUGUCCAUCUCACCACCGCCGCCACCUUAUACACUACAAGUCAGAUGCUCUUGCUCGACCACUUGCGAACUACAUCCUGUACGAUAUGUUCUCGAUCAAGAGUCGAUUCUACCUAAAGGGACAAUCGUCAUUCCGCCUCCUAUGGUUCAACCAUAUGAUGGAUGGAAUCAAAAUCAGCAAUCCAGAUCAAUAUCUUGGAAUGGGGAUAUGAAAGGUAUUGAGAAUUAUCCUGGAUAUACAGUUUUUUAG